AUGACUGCUUUAUUUACAACUUUUUCUCAAGCGAAUGGAGUUCUUCAAAAUAGAGUCGAUUCUCACAGUCUGAUUUCGGGUCUCGCGUUCCUCACGCACGACUCCGCAGAUGCGGUCUUGGAAUCGGAAAGCAUAUUAGAUAUGCAACCCACCAUAUUUAGUUAUUUGCCUGCCACUCUUUCGAGGGGUCAUCCGAUGCUGGAGGGGAGGGGGAUGCGUCAAGUUUUAUGCCACCGGGCCGCCGAUCGCAUGCUGUUGUUUGCUCCGUUCAAGGCAAAAUUAUUAUGUUUGGUGGAUGUGACGGCAGCCGCGUCCACUGUGAUUGUUUUCAGCCGAGACUGGCUCCCUCCACACUGCAAGACUGUUACAAUGGCUUUCUUGUGGCCGCACGUCGACUCCGCGGCCAAAGUUGCAGUGUGA